AUGUCCCGUCAAAAUCACACCUUUUUCGAGGUUCUCUAUGCGGUAAGCUGUGAUAGGGAAGGCAGUGGGAGACUUGUUCUACGACCACGCCUUCCUCGCCUCGAAGACAUCCAGCAUUUGCCCAUCGGACGUUAUCUACAGCAACAGGGAAGUCAAGCGUCGUCAACAGGCGGCUAUACUGUCAAGUAUUGCGGUGAUCUGACCGCAGUCCAGCAAGCACAGGUCACCCAUUGGAUAUUUGAUAACAUCGAAGGGGCGCAAGAGACUGUGGUGCAAUGCAUAUUGGAGGCAGACCCCGACUACCCCAGAGAUGGCACCGCGGACGCGCAGGAAGAAUUCAUUCUCGAAACCGUAUGGUCAACCAUUUUAAACCAGACUGGCAAAAGCACAGACGUGAUCCACACGGAUGUUGACCUGGAAUGUCUGUCGUGGGGCCUGGAUGCUGGGAACCAUCAAGAUGAUUGGGACCCAUAUGCUGGGCUCCCAUCCCACUGGAACCACGAGGAUCGUGAUGAAGGAGAUCCCGGUUAUGAUGAAGACGAGCUUGAGCGCGGGCCAGGUUUCAGUGACAGCGACGAUGUCGAGCAACAUACGUCAGGACCUCGGAAGCGACAGCGCAUGAAUGCAUGUAUCAUCAACCACCCGUAUAUGAAAGAACCUCGCUUUAAAUGGACAAAACGCAAAUGCAAUACAUUGAGGAAUUCCACUCCAGACACCGAGGAAACAGCUCCUGAAAGCUUGCACCCACGGGAAUCGGUGCAUCAUGACGAAACUAUCUAUGCUUUGGUUAAGGGCGGUGUCAAGAGGUCAAGGAUCUCGGACAUAUAUCUCGAACUCAGGAUACUCGACGCUGUUAUCGGAGAGAUUGUGGAUGUACAUCCCUAUGCAAAGAUGGCACUGGGCGUGUUGUCUCCUGCAGCGAAAAUUAAUCUAGCUCGAGUCGAUCGCGACGCAGCGCACAACACGAGAUGCAUGGCAAAAUCUCGUCAAUACGCGGCAAAAUCUCGUCGAUGCGCGCUAUCCUUGGAAAGAUUUCUCAGCAAACCCGUGAAUGUGCGCGUUCGAUCAAAAAUUAUUCAGAGACCAAUAAAAUUUACCGGAAAGAACGUCAUCUGGGAAACGGAAGAUACAAUCCAAAAGUACAAUAAUGUGUUCGAUACGUUCAUGCAAACCUUCCGGGACCAGGUCGCUCAUAACAUAGCCAUACAUGUCCACCGCAGGGAAGAAAUAUUGAACCUCGGCAACAUGACUUAUGCAGACGGCACGGAACUAGAUGCCAGAAAACAGUGUCUUCAAGGGACGCACACGGAAAUCCUUUCCCAGAUCACUGAAUGGCUAUCUGGCCCUGGAGGAAAGGGGAAAUCGGCCAUCUCCCAUACCAUUGCUAAGUGGUUCGAAGAUGUGGGAGGGCUUGGUUCAUGUUACUCUUUUGACCACCAACGAGAAGCAGAUCAUCGGCAUGAAGAGAUAUUUUCCACGAUUGUGCGCGAUCUGGCUGACCGUGAUCCGGAGAUGAGGCGGGCAUUAGCAGAUGCAGUUCAGGCCGCGAGUUCACUCAAGAAGACGGCAGACAUCAUUCAGCAGUGGCAGAAACUUGUUAUCGGACCACUGGGGAAGUCAUCUGGGUCAACUGAGGAACCCAUCGUGAUCGUAAUCAACGCACUGUAUGAGAGUGGUGGAGAAGAGACACGAAACAACCUCCUCCAUAUUCUAGCUGCCAAACAUCAAGACCCUGCCGUUCCCAAAAUCACAGAUCUCCCAAUCGACUUUCGCUUCAUCGUUGCCUCUCGCCCGCUUGACGACAUCAAUGACGAGCUUCACAGUGUUCAGCAUAUUCUACAGAUGUUCAUGGAUGAUAUUCCACUAGGGUUCGCAGAGCGUGACAUCCGUGCUUACGUAUCUAAGAAGCUGCAGGGGUCAGGUCUUGACGACAGAGAGUUUGCAGUCCUCGCUAAGAAACCUCAUGGACUUUUCGAGUGGGCUCCCCCCUCAGCGGCACCACCGACCCAGAUUCCCCAAUCCAACCCCUUUACGCAUCCUUUCGUGAUUUCUUAA